GUCUUAGCAGGUAGUAUAUGGAUUUUUAUCUAAAACAGAAAAAGAAAUCAAUUCCAUUUUUAGGAGCAUCUGCGAUGACAUCAGCCGUGGCCGCGCCGCCUGCCACCGGCGGCAAGCGACCGGUGCUUCUGCUGCGCCGCAUCAACGACCGUCUCGCGGCGGAGCUUCGCUCGCGCUUCCGCGUCCUCAACUUCUACGAAUCAAGCGCUCCCCUCCUCGCCUUCCUCGCCGCCGCCGCCGCGGGGCCCGACCCCCCGCUCGCCGCCGUCGUCGUCGCCGGCGGAGCCAUCCAGGUCAACGCCGCGUUCCUUGACGCGGUGCCCUCCCUUGGCUGCGUCGUCACCACCGGCGCAGGCGUCGACCACAUCGACCUCGCCGAGUGCGCGCGCCGCGGGGUCGCGGUGGCCGGCGCAGGCACGGUCUUCUCCACCGACGUGGCGGACCACGCCGUCGGUCUCCUCGUCGACGUGCUCCGGCGCAUCUCGGCGUCCGACCGGUACGUCCGCCGCGGGCUCUGGGCGGCGCGUGGGGACUACCCGCUUGGAUCCAAGCUAAGUGGCAAGCAUGUAGGUAUCAUCGGCUUGGGCAGCAUUGGAUCACUGAUUGCAAAGAGGCUCCAAGCAUUCGGCUGCACCAUUUCCUACAACUCCAGGAGACCAAAGGAUUCUGUCUCCUACAACUACUUCCCCGAUGUCACCGACCUCGCCGCUGCAUCCGACGUGCUCAUCGUCGCGUGCGCGCUGAACGAUGAGACGCGGCACAUCGUCGACAGUAGUGUGCUAGAAGCCCUUGGAAAAGACGGCGUCGUUGUGAACAUCGCUCGCGGCGGGAUUGUUGAUGAGGCAGAGCUGAUCAGGGCACUGAAGGAAGGGAGAAUUGCAGGUGCAGGGCUUGAUGUGUUUGAGAAGGAGCCUGAUGUGCCGGCAGAGCUCCUGUCCAUGGACAAUGUGGUGCUCACGGCGCAUGAAGCUGUCUUCACCACUGAAUCCAACUGGGACCUGGCCGACCUCAUGAUUGCAAACCUGGAGGCCUUCUUCUCCGGUGGCCCAUUGCUUACUCCUGUACUUCCCAAGUAAUUGGAUAUUCAUAAAUUGCAUGGGUAUUACUAUUACAAGAGAUCCAUGAACUGAAGUUUAGUGCAGGAUCUGUAAAAAAUACUACUUGUACUUGUUCCUGCCGAAGGCAGCAAGUGAUUGCUAUUUGAUCGGUGUUUGUUCCAGUUUGUAGAUGAGUAAUUGCAGUUUUCAUCUUAAUCUUAUUGAGAAUGCAGUUCAUGGUA